AAGACAGUUUCGUAGCCCAAAGGUACCAAGAUGUCGGAGGCUUCCUUGGGAAGUACAAGCCCAGUUGGCUCUUUGUCAUCGGAAGAUCACGAUUUUGACCCAACGGCAGACAUGCUGGUGCACGAUUAUGAUGACGAGCGUACUUUAGAGGAGGAAGAGAUGAGAGAAGGAGUGUCGAGUGGGAGCUCCGAAAUCGCCGAUUUGGAGAAGGAGGGGAACAUGCCAUUGGAGGAGCUGCUGGCGCUGUACAGAUAUGAAGCUGCAGACAGUGCUGUCGGUUGCUCGAGUGCAGACAGUUCAUCUGUAGAGCUGACGGAUGAGCUGCCUGACAUGACGUUAGAUAAAGAGGAGAUCGCUAAAGAUCUGCUGUCUGGAGACGAUGAAGAAACUCAGUCUUCUGCUGACGACCUCACACCGUCUGUGACGUCGCACGAAACCAAUGAUUUCUUCCCCAGAACUCUUCGAUCUAACACUGUUUACGAUGGAGACAAAGAAUCCGAGGGAGAGGAUGAUGGUUUAAGCCCUGAAGACUCUCGAAAGGAAAUCAUGGUGGGGUCUGACUACCAAGCAGAAAUUCCUGCGCUUGCCUGUUAUAAUGAUCAUGAGAAUGUGUAUGCAGAGGAAGAUCAGCUACUGUGGCAGCCGGACAUGUUGCCAGAGUCUAAAGUCAAACGCUUCUUGCAAGACGCUGAACUAAAUGUGGAUGGAAAGAUGGAGGCAGAUAAACAGUGUUCUCUAGUCAAAGACAAUGAGCAGGCCUUAUACGAGCUCUUGAAAUGUAACUACAAUGUCCGGGAAGCUCUUGAACGGUGUCGCAGCAAUGAAAAAUCUUCAAAAGAUGAGAUGCACCCGUGGUCUGAAGAAGAAUGUCGAAAUUUUGAGCACGCUCUUCUUUUGUAUGAGAAGAACUUCCACCUCAUCCAGAAACACAAAGUCAACACUAGGACGGUGGCCGAAUGUGUUGCAUUUUAUUACAUGUGGAAGAAGUCGGAACGAUUUGACUUUUUUGUCCAGCAAAACCGAUUUGGAAAAAAGAAGUUCAGCAGUUAUCCUGGUGUUACGGAUCUGAUGGACCGGUUGGUGGAUGAGGCUGAGGGUUUGGUCGAUGGAUCUGCAUCGGUGUGUUCCAGCAGUAGCGGCAGGAUAGAACCUCCAACCGAACAACAACUCAACAUCCUCAACUCCAUCACAGCCAGUGACCUCUCCGCAUUGACGAGCACUGUGGCGUCGGUGUGUAACCCAGCAGACGUAAGCUGUCUGGACUCCUAUAACUUUUCUGCCCUCGAUGGAGUGCACCGCGGCCCGCUGAGCCAUGAGGAACCCCUCAACUAUUCUAGCAACAGAGACGGCGACUGUCUCAACCUGAUCGAAACCGGCUUCUAUCACUCAGACCUCGGCCAGAUCAACGUGUGCGGUGAGGACUGCGAACGGCCCCCGGCCAAACGGCUCAAGAUGGGUCUGUCAGAACCGUUCAUAAACGACGUGUCGGUCGGCAACAGAAACAUGGCCGUGGAUUUCGAGAGCCGCACGCACCACAUCACGAGUGCCAAAAUGGCAGUUUCGGUCACUGACUUUGGUGGUUUAUCGGCCAGUGAGGCCGGCAGCUACAUGGCCGCGCACGCACUACAUCAGCACACGGCGUUGCAGUCCGAGUAAACAGAAGUAGCGCCUCCAAACGGGACUAUCUGCAAUUAAACGUGUACAUAGCCGCUUAAUGAAAAGUCCUUUUAUGUUUUGUUUUAUGAUUGUAUACGUGUGUAUAUAUAUAUAUAUAUAUAUGUACAGAUUUCUUUAUAGAUUCUUUUUUUAUUAUGACAUCAGUGAUGUCUAAUUGUUCAGACUUUUAAAAUCUUGAUUUCUCAAGAGUUAAUACAGCCAUUCAUUUCCAGUCUUGAAAUUUUGGAAGUGUCAUAACGUGUCUACGUCCGGAUACUGUGGAAAACUUGUGACAGGAGUUGUUGCACAAACUGAUGUAUCUCACACCUUCGGCCGGUGGCAAGGGUUUUUUUUUAGCCAUGAUGAUUGGCCGUUCAUUCAGCCUCUUGUCUGUGGUACUUAUCAGUGUUUACAGGUGUUUGCUCCUGGGCCUCGGCGCGUGUAGCGGUUAAUGCGGGGCUUUAGGCAUCUACCGUAUGAACAUCAUCUACUCUAUACCACUUUUGAUCGAGCCAUUUUUUUGCACCAUGAAGAAGCAGCUCUGUUUUUUUUUUACCAUUAAUAGUCGUUGAACAUCACGACUCUAGAAGUGUUAAAGUUCAUCAAAAUGUAUUCCAGUUGGCCCUGCAGUAAAUAGGAGAUUUUGUGCUAUUGUAUAAGAAGAAAAAGACUGCAAACAAACCAAUGAACGGUUUAAAGCAAUUUGAGGAACUUUACGGCGGUUAUUGGAAACAUAUAUAAAUAAAGGCUCUUAAAGGAAUAUUCCGGGUUCAAUACAAGUUAAGCUCAGUCGCCAGCAUUUGAUUCGGCGUAAUGUUAAUUACCACAAACAAUUAUUUCAACUCGUCCCUCCUUUUCUUUAAAAAAAGCAAUGGAAAGUGAAUGGGGCCGAUCCGUGAACGUGGCUAUACUUAUGAAACCGAGUAUUUUAACAAGGCGUAAACAAUAUGUUGGUUAACGUGACUUUAGUGAGAUAAAAUCGCUUACUAACCUUUUUGUGUAAGGUUAUAUUAAAUGUUACUACUUUGUUGCAAUGGUGACAAAAACGAUUAUUUAAACGGCCAAAUAAUAAACGUGUUUUACAAGAAGAUUUAAUGCUAGUGCUUUUAUUAAAUAAUAAGCUUCAUGUUUCUGCUUUUUUAAACCCUCAAAAUUGGCCCAAUUGACUCCCAUUGUAAGUGCCACACUGUGACCUCGAUUUUUACUGUUUGACGGAUGUCGAAAUUCGUUUUUGGGUGGUGAUCAACAUUAUGCCACAAAUGCUGUCGAUUGAUCUUGUGUUGAACCCGACAAUUCCUUAAUUAUAAUAAUGAAUGAUUAUCUUUCACCAUAACCUAUCAGAGGUAUACAAAAAAAAUAUGGCGACGAAAGUUUUAAUUUUUCUACUUUGCAUAUUUAUUAGUGUUCCUUAUAUACUCCCUUUUGUAAAUUGUGCUUUAUCGAAUAGUUGUUAGUUGGCCGUUUUUAUUGCAAUGAAGACCAUUGGACUGCUGUAUGGUCUUUACAGAGCAUAUUCGAACUCUGUAAGGGAUUAUUUUUAUUUUUUAAUGGUUGAGAAAUUAUUGGCACAUGUCAUUUCGAGGUUUUUUUAUUUUUGAAUGUGUACAAGAUCAUUUGUUCGAUAUUUCAAGAUUGCAAACAAUUAAAAUAAAUUGCAGGGAUUUCUUAAUCACAGUCGGGAACAGAAUUAGCCGCAGUUUUAACGUCUGUUUCCUUCAGUAAACGAUUAUGCAAAGUUGUAAAUUAUUUUGGUUUAUCUAGCUUUUU